CCACCACCACUCGGCAUUCGAUUCACCCGUCUCUGUAGCCGACGGCGGCGGCCCGACCGAGCAGCCCCGACGAGCCGAGGGCAGGCCCCAGCCUUACGCCGUGCCAUGUCGCGACCGCCCGGCGCGCUGCCGCCCCAGCUGUCGCCGGCGGCGGCGGCGGGGAGGCUGCGGCGGGUGGCGCGGUUCCUGGCGCGCGCGCUGCCGCUGUGCCGCGCCCACACGGUGGAGUUCUACACGCGCGGGCUGUGGGACCGGCUGGUGGCGGCGCGCCCCGCCGCCGUGCUGCAGGCCUUGCGCGCCGACGGGCCGCUGGCGCUGCGGCGCCCCCUGGGGGAGGCCUCCGGCGCCGCGGCGGCGCUGUGGGAUGAUGACACGUUUUCCAAUGUGUUUUGUGAAAACUCUAAGAAGCUUAUCAGUGUAGAUUUAUUUGCCCUGGCUGCUAAGUAUUAUUCUUUGUCUAACCUUGGAGUGUGUACCCCAUUAGAAGACGUACUUGAAGCACUGAGAGGAGACAAUCAGGGAACAACAGGUAUCAAAACUGAUGAGUUUAUGAAUAAUAAGAAAUCACAUGAAGUGCAGGUGAUGUCAGAGCUGGUAGACAAAAUAGCAAAUUAUUGUGGUAUAAAGCAGGUGAUUGAUAUAGGUUCUGGAAAAGGCUACCUGAGUUCAUUUUUGUCCAUGCAAUAUAACUUACAAGUUUAUGGAAUUGACUCCUCAAACUCCAACACUAAUGGUGCUCAUGAAAGGAACAGAAAAUUGAAGAAGCACUGGAGAGCAUAUCAGAGUCGAGGAAGAGCAAACCUCAAAAGCCAGAGGUUGGAAAAGGCAAAUGACAGGACAGUGGAAAGUGAAAUUAAAUGUAAAGCAGUUGAUGAAAAGCCCUUAAAUAAUGACAGCAGUCUUCAAAGUCAGGACCAAGUUCCUUCUUGUGGUUUCACAGAAAUAGCUACAUCUGAAACCAGCAAACAAACUGAAGUUGACUUGGUGGCUCGGACACAAUCUGAUGAGAACAAACUUUCUGAAGAGGUUCUUGCUAUUCUAAAUGUUCUGCCUUCUGAUGCUGUAGAAGUUUUUUCUUCAUCUCAUGGCAACUGUGGGGAACUCUGUGAAGAGGAAAAGGCGCAAAGGAAGAUGGCAUCUCUCAAGGCUAAAGCGAGCAAGUCGAGUGAAUCAAACCUGUAUUUUCCAUUGACCUCUUGCAUCACUGCGGAAACAGAACUCAGUGACAUCAUAACAGAUCUGGAGGACUGUGUGAUGGUGGGUCUACAUACAUGUGGUGAUCUCGCUGCAAAUACACUACGAAUUUUUACUGCCAAGCCUGAAAUCAAAGCAGUUUGCAGUGUAGGCUGCUGCUACCAUCUGUUGUCAGAACAGUUUGAAAACCAAGAAGAUUGCCCAGAGGAAGUGUGGGGAUUUCCCAUGUGUCAGUACUUGAAGGACAAGGGCUGGUGCUGUGGUCGCAAUGCUAGAAUGUCAGCGUGCUUGGCUUUGGAGCGAGUUGCAGUUGGCCAAAUGCUGCCUACAGAAUCAUUGUUUUAUCGAGCUGUUCUUCAGGUUAUUAUAGAAGAAAUUUAUGGUGUCACCAAAAGUGAUCGUCAUGUUGGAAAAACUUUCUCCAAAUCAUCCUCCUUCAUAGAUUAUGUCAGAAAGUCUCUGAAAAAGCUGGAACUGGAUGAUUCAAAGUACUACAACUGCUAAAUUGGUCAACAGAUGGCAACAUAGCAUCAGGCGUGGAAUAUGACUGUGUGACGAUCACAACCACUCUCUGAGAACAAGUUGUGCAAUGGAGAUGCUAGAGAGUAUUAGACUGAUUAUUAAAAAAUUUAGUACAAGUGAAAGAAAAAAAGUAUGAGCGGUGAGUGUGUAAAAUAUUUAAGGUAAAUGUUGUUGUAGUCUUUGGUAAAGCAAUGCUUAAAAUCUGUAGUCAAAAUGUCAAAUCACUUAAAAUGUACCAGGCACAUCAAACCAUAAACUAAGAGGAAAACGCAAAACAAAAUAAGUAAAUGCAAAUAAUAUUGGAAUCAUGCUUACAGCAUUAAAAAAAAAAAAAAAAAGCCUGAAGUUCACUGUGUUUUAAAAGGAUUAUAUUUAAUUCUGUUUGAGUUACCUGUUUGCUUUUCUGUAUAAAUAGGCACUAACACCAGCUGAAAGUAAAAUAAUGUCUUCCUCGUCAUGUGUACAAUCGCCCAAAAGCAGUAGUGGAUUCUUUGUGCAAUAAUCAGUUGCAAAUCAUUGAUUAAACUCUGCUCAUAGAGAGUUAUACAUUCGUUUCUUUAAAACCAGUGAGCACAGAAACUUUGUGUCAGUAUGGCUGAUUUUAGACACUCCACCUUUUCCUAGAAAGGCUCCGGACAAAUGCAAGUUGCCCUGAGAGAAAGAUGGCUGUUAACACUGCUUCAAGCUGCAUGUGUUCAUGUGGUUAUUAAAGACCAUUUUUGCUUAUAUUUCUCCUCAUUUUUAUGUACAGCUGGCUGCAUACUGAAGACUGAAUUUUAUGCUGAUCUAAACAAUAUUAUUUUUUAUUUCCCAACGAUGUUGAAAUCCGCAGCAGCACAAAACCAGUGCUAUUUUGAUACCACUGAGAGGAAAGUUGUUACUGCUCCCUCACCAGUGGUUCUGACACUGCAGUUUUCAUGAUGCAGUCAGCAGCAUAGCUACACAAUAUUGGAGAAUGUGUUAAAUUUCUCUCUUCAGAAAAAAAAUACUUACAUAGCUAAAAAUGUGAUGAAGCCUAAACAUUUGCUCUCAAAGACAACAAAAAUCAAAAAGAAAUUUAUGCAGAAUUUGUUUUCUAGCUCUGUUUUUAAAAAUGAACAAAAGAGCAGCUGUACUGCAUAGACCAAAUGUCUGCUCUGUCUCCGGCAGCGGCCAAAAACUGAUGCCUCGGGAAGCAUAUAAGGCAGGAGUAAGCAUAUAUGAAGGAUACUUCCAGAAUGAUCAAAAAUGUGCCUGUCAUUCAGAAAAAAAAGGAGGCAAUCUUUGUCUUCAUGCAUAAAUUUAUUUAGGUGAUGUUAGAAACACAGCUAAAACUUAGUCAUACUGUGUAAUACAACCAGAGAACUAUGAGAAAAAAAUGUUUGCAUAUAAGUCUCUUGUUUACAUUUGCAAAAUUAUUUUCUAAAAAACCAGAAGUCAGAAAACUCUGAGUCUCAGGUCUUUUAAUCUGCUUAUGAGAAAAUUGAAGAGAGUUUAAUCUCUGUAUGAUAAUAAAUGUACUGAGAAUUAGAGGCGUAGCGGCAUUAAGUUUUUAGGAGUCACUGCCAGGGCUUGGUAGCUUGGCAUCUCUGGUAAAAUCGUGGAUGUUUUUGAUCCCUGUGGAUGAAUCUGGACUGUGGGACAUAAACACCCUUCCGAACUCGUGGUUCAUGAUGAGCAUCACAGCUGCUUCCUUGGUACACACCAAAGUCUCUGUUCCUGGUGCGGGGGUAGCCCUGGUGCAAUGCAGUCGUUUUCCAGUCUGGACAAAUGUGGAGGCAGCAUAAAGAGAGCAAGUGCGUAAGACACCGAACCUGCCUUGAUAGUCAUUUAUGUAAGACUCUUAUCAGGUGUAAAUAUCCAAAGAGUAAGUUCAUUUUUGCUAUUGUUUUUCAGUAAACUUCUUUAAUCCUGCUAAUUCUUUAUGUGAACAAGCCCCUCUGCCUCCUUCAUUUGUGAAAUAGAUGUGAAUAUCUUUGCUUAUUUGAAAAAAGAACCAGAACCUUUAUGAAAAGAUCGUCAAUCAGAAGCGAGUUAGAUUGAGAUAAAAUAGUAAAAUAGUUUUUCUACCCAAAAAAAAAAAAAAAAAAGCAUUUAUCAAUCACCUAGGGCCAUUCAUUGCUACAAGUUACUGUUCAGGGACUGAAGUUUCCUAUUGCCUUAGCCAAAAUAAUUUCCUGUCUUGUGUGUCUUUUCAAUGUGGAAGAACCUGUCAAGUCCAGAUUAAACACUGAGAUGCAAAUGACCGAUUUUUUUUCUGCCUUUUGGUACAGGACCAUUCCUUUCACACAUCUCUCCACUUCAGCAGUAAAACUGAGACAUACACCAUGACUACUGAAUGUCUGACAAAAUAUUCUCAUUUUGUGAGGGCAGAGAGAGGUCUCUUUGUGUGAGCUUGAUGCUUCACAGGUAUGGUUAUAUAGCUUCUAGCUUCAGAACUAAUGGAAUUGCUUCGUGGGCCAUGGAUCCCUGCACAGCGCUUCAGUAAUUGGUUUGGAUACACAGCGAGGCAGUAUUUUAUUCCAGGUUGUUUUCUUUGUCAUAGCUCACUCUGUUCCUAUACACUCCAUGUUGAAUGGGCAGAGCCUUCGAUGUCAUGUAGAUACAGGAGAAAUUCUGUCACAAGAUUUCUUUUCUCUUUUAUUCACUGUUUUACCUUCUUUCAGACAGCAAGAGCAAUCGCUCCUUCCUCUUCAGCAAAACAUGUUUUGGCUCUGUUUGUAGCUGCCUUGCAGAUGGAUUUAAACCAAAACCUCUUUAUUAAUACAUUUGGUUGCUGCUUAAGACGAUAAGUGCUACAAAUGGCAUCGCAACAGCAAAAAGUCUUUGUCUAAGUAUUGAUGUAUUUCUAGAGCCUUUGAAGAAAAAAAUCCCCCAAACUUUCUCAAAUUGCUCGGUGUCCUGUGCUUAUUGGGGUAGAUUAGCAAAAGGUCUUUCCUAGGAGCUGGCUUUAAGGUGAUUAAAGGGAGCAAGUGCUUACAAGGCUAAGGGCUGGAUGUGUGUCGGGCGUGCUCGGGGAUCUGUGACCCAGGUAGCAUCCCUUUCUGCUCGCAAGUGAGAGCCUCAGCGGGGGGAGCUGUUUAACAAACAGAAGCUGGCCAGGAUUCAGGUGAAGCGCAGUCUGGGAAUAAGGAGAGAAUGCUAUUUAAUGCCACGUCCGACUGCAGGAAGAUAUACAGGGCUGGAAACACUCCUGACAUCCGCAAAGUAAAGCUAUUAGUCACUUUGAUUUAAUCUCCUGCUAUAUUCACAUUGUAGUUACUGCUAUGGGCUAAUAGCAUAUAAGGUAGUUACUUUGUCUUCGUCAAAAUACUUCACAAAAUCCUUAACCCUUUCGGAUGUAGACAUAUGCUGGGGAGAUACAAUAGCAAUUUCAGACGUAGGGUCACCUUAAGCUUUCAUGCACAAAGAGAAGUUUAUGUGCCUGUCAGCGAGCAGGUCAUUGCAGAUUUACUUGGUUUUGUUUAACCGAGCUUCCAAGCCCGCUGUGACGGGUGUUUUUCAGUUUUGAACAGUCUAGUGUCUGCAUAUAACCUGAAGUUGCCGGGGCUUUUCCCCCGGAAAAAGUCAUUUAUUUGGCGGGUGCCCCAUCUAACAACCUGAGAUCGGCAACAAUAAACAGAUGGUUAACGCUCAGUUUCCGCCACCCCCGUUUGCUCUAACCCUGACCAGACUUCUUAAAAACAGCUGCUGCCCAUUUGUCUUUAUCUGAUCCUGUGCUUCAGGUAGAGCAUCCUAAAAAGAUUUACAGCUGCCAGGUCUCAACCAGUGGGUCAGUAAAGGGCACUAGACCCUUCAGUGAGGUGUUGUACCCAUCGCAGUAGCAUUUACAUUAGUGGCACAGUAAGAGAAACUAAUGUCCUGUAAAAAGCUCGUUUAUCAUCUUAAGUAGUUUAAACCACUUUGAUAUUUGAUAUAUUAUGCCUAUCAAUGUUAGACUCAAAAUAUUUCAAAGCCUUGAUGUAGCUAUGUAGCUAAGUUUAGAUAUGUCAUAUCGUCCCGGAUAUUGUGCAAAGGUUAUGUGUUCAGAAGUACCUUUGAUUAAAUAAGCCUGUUAGUGCUUUCUUUCUCUACAAUAACCAAAACUUUUAGGUUUAUUUAUAAUUAAUAAUUAAUUUUAUAUAAUUUUGUC